CCACUCGAGUAAUGUAAGUUGAACUUAAUUUUCAUUAUUGUCAUUCAUCCCUUGGUUCUCUUGCGAGUCCCAUCCCAUCUCAUCCCAUUACAUUACCCUUCUCUACUCCUCGCUCAUACUAAAUUCCUUGUUUCAGAUUUACAAUCAACCGUUAAAAUUUCAGGACUUCUCUAAAUUACCCAAAUUGUUUCAAAUUCUACAUUUUUCUUUUUUCUGGGUUUUAGAUUUCCCCCAAAUUUUUUUGCUUUACAUUCUUCCCACAAAUUUUCUUCAUCAGGGCACAUUUUGCAAAAAUGGGGAAAAAUCAAGCUUACAAAGCUAUGCAAAGAUCGAGAGUGGGGUCCAGCAACGCUGCUCCUGAAGAAAUUGAGGAUGGCUUGGUGGAUGGUUCAUUUCAUACACCAGAGUGGCAUGCUGCUCGUUUGGCAAGCUUGAGCACCACGCACACAGUUACAUGGGAAGAGUUUAAAAAGAAACAGAAGGAGGAUGCAUUGAAAACGGGUGAAAUAGAAGCUGAUAAAGAUAGAAUGAUGAGACAAUACAGAGCUCAACUAGAUGCUGAAAGAGAACGAAAGCUUUCUCACGGAAGAAAUCAUUCCAGUUGCAACUCAAAACAUAGAAAAGGUUUGAGUUGUCUUAAAUAUAGAGAAAAGAGUUCAAAGAGGCAUACCAGCAAAAAGAGAAAGCACUCUCGGAGAAAAUUUUCAGAUUCCAGCUCCUCGAGCUCAUCUGAAUCUUCAAGCAGUGAUGAUGAAGAAAGAGACUCAAGAAGGUCAAAAUCCCGGUCCAAGAAACCAAGGAAGGAAAGAAAGCAUAGGUCUAGAAGCAAGAAUUCUAGUAGUGGUGACGAGGCUAGUGGCCCUUUGCCGCUUUCUCGGUUCUUCGGUAGUGUGAAGAGCUCGUGAGUUUUAGUAGAAGAGUAUUUUCAACUUGUAACAUUUUAUCGUGUCACGUAACAAGGACAUCCGAUUCUUAGAGUUAUCUUCGUUCUGUUGUCUUGUUUUCUUGUCGGCAUAUGUCGAUUAUAUACUGUAACUGUAUGUAUCGUUAGAGAGAGCAGGAAUAUAUUCUUUUAGAGUACUUCUAACCUGUUGA